GACGAAUGGAAACCAAUGAAAACACGUGUUUUGUUUGUGUUGUGAAUAAACCGUUAAAAACUAAAUUUGAAGUCAUUUUUGGUUUCAGUCUCUGUUUUGCAUUCAAUUGACUGUUAUAUCGGUUUAUAGUGUCGUUCAUCACUACUACUGACCACUGAUUGUCUCAAUACACCAUCCAUUGGAUCAAAUUGAAGACAAAAUGCCACAGAAAGCCAAUCCUAAGACAAAAGCCCUUUCAUUGACUCCUAAGCCGAAAAAGUCGGCCAAAACUGCGGCCAAGAGUUCGGCCAAAAAGGGGUCCAAAGCGAAGGCCACCACAAAGAGGGCGACC